AUGAUUUUAUAUUCUAUUAUAUUUUUUAAUAUUUUUUGUUUAUCCUAUUCUUACAAAAUAUUAGUGUUUUGUCCUAGAAGUAGCCAUAGUCAUGUUAAUUUUUUGGGAUCAAUUGCUGAUAUAUUAGUGAAAGGUGGACAUGAUGUAACAUAUUUAUUAGCUGAAGCUAAUCCUCAAGUUACUACAAAUGGUAGUAAAUUAGCUAAAUUACAUAUUGUACCAAAUACUAAAGAAAUAGCUGAAAAAUAUUUAAAUAUGUCCAGUUUUACUGAUGUUUGGUUAACUUCAAAACAUCCAACAUCUCAUAUGAAAUUGGCACAAAAAAGAAUGACUUUAAUAAAAGAUCAAUGUUCACAUUUAACAAAUAAUUUAACAUUAACAGAAUAUAUGAAAAAUCAAAAAUUUGAUAUUGGUAUAACAGAAUAUUUCUAUUCAUGUGGAAUAGGCUUAUUUAAAAUGUAUAAUAUACCAAUUUUUAUGAAUGCUGCAGCAACAGUACUUCCAGAUUCAGCAUAUGAUUUUUAUGGUUUAGAAUUUCCUUCAAGUUAUGUUCCAGCAAUGAUGAUUGCUAAUACUGACAAAAUGACAUAUUUUAGAAGAAUGUUAAACUUAUUUUCAUUUUUAUUUUCAAAAUUUUUUAUGAAAUAUGCUCUUGUCAAUUAUGUUCAAGAUGUUUAUGAUGUUAAAUUUGGUCCAGGUUAUUUAGAUAUAAUGAAUGAUAUAACACUUGAUUCAUAUGCAUUAAUUAAUACACAUCCAUUAUUAGAAUUUAAUUUUCCACAAACAAAUAAAAUUCUUCAAAUUGGGGGAAUGAAAGAAUUUAAUAUAAAUAAAUUAAAUGAUGAAUUUAAUAAAAUACUUAAUAUAAGAAAAAAAAAUGUUCUUAUUUCAUUUGGAUCACAUGCUCAAAGUUCAAAAAUGCCUUUAAAAAUGAAAAAAACGAUAGUAAAUCUAAUAAAAGAUUAUCCUAAUAUAACAUUUAUUUGGAAAUAUGAAACAAAUGAAACAGAUUUUUUAGAUGGUUUAAAAAAUGUUUAUCUAUUUAAAUGGAUUCCACAAAUUGAUUUGUUAAGUGAUGGUAGAAUAUCACUUUUUAUUACACAUGCAGGAUUAAAUUCUGUUCUUGAAUUAACUUAUUUUGGUGUUCCAUCACUUUUAGUACCAUUAUUUGGUGAUCAAAUGAGAAAUUCAAAAAUGAUAUCAAGACAUGGUGUUGGUGUAGCUGUAACAAAAGAAUUACUUUAUGAUUCAGAAAAAUUUAAAGAAUCAUUUAAAGAAGUUUUAGAAAAUGGAAAUUAUUUAAAGAAUGGAAAAAAAUUGUCACAAAUGUUAAAAAAUUAUCCAGUCAAUCAGACAGAUACAAUUAUUCGUCAUACCGAAAAAGCUGUGCGUUGGGGAAAAGUAAAUAUAUUAAAUUUACAAAGUAGAAAAAAAUCUUUUUAUCAGUAUUAUUUCAUGGACAAUAUAGUUUAUCUAUUUAUUUUUGUAUUUAUAAUUUAUUUCCUUUAA